AUGACGAACGUCUUCGGGGUCCAAGUAUUCUUUAUUGUCUUCCGAGAGUGUCUUGAAGCUGUCAUAAUCAUCUCGGUGCUUCUAUCAUUUCUGAAGCAAUGCCUGGGCCAACCCGGCCAAGACCCUCUCAUACAUAAACGCCUAAAACGUCAGGUUUGGGCAGGUUCUCUAGGCGGCAUUCUUAUCGCUCUCAUCAUUGGCGGUGCUUUUAUCGGUGUCUUCUAUGGCCUAGGCCGUAACUUAUGGGCCAAAUCCGAGGACCUCUGGGAGGGAAUUUUCUAUCUAAUUGCCAGUAUCAUUAUCACUAUUAUGGGCCUAACCAUUUUACGAAUCAACAAGACAAAAGAGAAGUGGAAGGUAAAGAUUGCUCAAGCUCUACUCUCUAGGAAUCAUCAGCACAAUACAGCGUCUAGGUUAGGACAAUGGACUCGACGAUACACCAUGUUUAUUCUACCCUUUAUCACUACACUUCGAGAGGGUCUGGAAGCUGUGGUGUUUGUCGGCGGGGUCUCCCUAGGUCUCCCAGCAACGGCGUUUCCAAUCCCAGUAAUUACCGGUGUCCUCGCUGGUUGCCUCGUGGGCUACCUUCUCUAUAAGGGCGGUAAUUCUAUGACGAUUCAAUACUUCCUUAUCGUCUCAACUUGCAUCCUAUACCUACUCGCCGCCGGGAUGUUCUCCAAAUCAAUUUGGAGCCUCCAGUUCUAUAAGUUUUCCCAGAAAGUAGGAGGCGACGUUGCAGAGUCCGGAGACGGGCCCGGAUCUUAUAACAUCGAACAAACGGUGUGGCAUGUCAACUGCUGUAAUCCCGAACGGGACCGCGGCUGGGACGUGUUCAAUGCUAUCCUGGGCUGGCAGAAUACGGGCACGUAUGGCUCUGUGAUCUCGUACAAUAUCUAUUGGCUAUUUAUCAUCUUCGCCAUUUGUUAUAUGCUGUACGAGGAACGCACCGGGGCCUUGCCACUGCAGAGGCCGCUCUGGAGAUUCUUGUCGAAGGUUCCCGGUCUCAAAAACUAUGCUGAGCACAAGCUGGAUGCGCCAAAGGAGGACGUGUCAAAGAUUAUUGCCCAGGCGCAGAAGGAAACAUUUGGCAGAGAUCCCAUGGGGCCUUUGGCUGCGAACUGA